AUCCCUCUCUUUUCAUUCCUUCUCGAAAUUUCCGGCCAAAUUCACCAAUCUACCACCACUACCGCUGUCUCAGCCCUCUUUUCUUCGUUAUUCUCAGCCGACCGAACAGCACGACAGUUCCCCGCCGCUGCCUCCGUGGCCUUGUGCUCGCCGCGCUUUCUCAGUCUCAGCUGUCAACAAACAUCAAGCCUUAAUCAUAGUUGCUCGCCAGGUGGCCAGUUUAUUAGUCACAUCUGCUGAAAAUGGAAUGCCAUCUGCAAAAGUCUCCCAACCCAGGGCAUCCUGCUUUUCAUUCUGAUCAAAAAUAUGUUUCUGGGCUCAGUACCAUUCUGGUUGCUACGAUACAGGAAACCAAAGAUAGGAUUUCUCAGAUAGAAUACAUCUUCUGCAGUCAACUAUUUCCCAAGUUUCAGUUGAAUACUCAAAGCCUUGAUAUGAUAUAUUCAGAAGCAAGGGAAGCUGCAGAAGAUGCAUACAAAGAAAAGGAAAAAGACCUGCUGCUCCAGAUUAAGAAGCUCCAGUGUCAAAACCAGCAGCUUCUUGAAAAUAAUAGAUUGCUCGAGAUGGAGAAGGCACAACUUGCCAACAGGGAGAAUGAGUCCCGUAACCGCUUUAAUGAACUCCAGGAAGAGUUGAAUCAGCAAACACUAGAAGCAAAUGAAAGGAGGGAGGUUCAACAAAAUCUGCAGAAGCUUCUCGAAUCAAAAUCAUUCCUCGUGCAUAGCUUUGAAAAGACAAUACAGGAGCUUGAAGAGAAAAAUAAAAUGCGUCUGAAAAUGCAAAAGAAGUUGGAGCUUGAUACCGAGGGCCUGCAGCAAGACCUAACCAAGAAGUCUAAGGAACUUGAUGAUACAAUGGAGUUGCAACAUAAGCUCCUCCAGGUGAAUCAAUCGAAAUCGUCUUCAGUUCUGCAGAAAGAAAACCAAUUGAAGGAGUAUGAAGAGAAAACUAACAGACUCCAUUGCAAACUUGAAAAAAUGGAGAGUAAAAUUAAUGAGCUGCUGUCUGAACUCAGACAGAAGACUGAAGAAGUUGAAAAGGGGAAGGAAUUGCAAGGGAAUUUGCUUAAGAAGAUUGAGUUUCAAGCUGCAGAAAUAAUGGAUAAUGAACAAGCAUUGAAUGACAAAGAGAAGGAGAAUAGGCUUCUUGCAUCAAAAGUAACGUGUUUGGUUGAUCGUGUUAAUGAAAUCCAAAAGGAACUUGAACAAAAGACUUCUGAACUCGAGAAGGUCAGUAAAGUGCAAGAUCAGUUACUAAGACAAACUGAGUCUUCCAAUCUAGAAAUAGUCAAGAGAGGGCAAGCAUUGGAAUUGCUUCAGGAGGAGAAGAAAAGGCUUCUGGAUAAACAGAAACUCUUAGGAGAAAGAGUUGAUAAGCUUCAGGAAGAUCUCUCUAAGACAACAAGAGAGUGUUUGGAUGGGAAGGAGCUGCGCAGGAAGCUGUUGCAACAGAUUGAAGCAAAAGAUUCUGAAUUGUAUUCUGAAAAGAUGAAAGUGCAAGCUGGUAUUGAUAAAUAUAAGAGUCUGAAGUCUCAGCACCUAAGUCUCCGCGAAAAAUGCAAUCUUACUGAAGAAACUAUGCUACCUCUUGAAGGUGAAAAUGAAGUGAUGGGACACAAGCAGACUCCAGGGCCAUCAUAUGAUAUCGACAAAAAGGAGGCUGUACCGGUUCAGAGGACCAGUCCCGCCGCUCCUACAACUUCCCGUAUUCUCAUUGCUCCAAAGCGCCCGAGUAGUUCAAAACCUUGUCCCUCAGUUGGUAUGAAACGCCCUCAUUCUCUAUGGAGGGACACAAGGUCUCAUCAGAGCCGUGUGGGACCUGAUCCCCAUGAUGAUUUCCUUGAUACUCCUCUGGAGAAUGUUAGAGAUAAUUUAGGGAAGGCCAUGAAGGUGGCUAGUCCAGAUUCUACUAAGCUGAAUGUGGUUAGCAGUCACCUUGAUGACUCUGAUGAUCAAACACAGGACAUUGGUGCUGAUGCUAAAUCAAAUAAGGUGCACAAGUCGCCUCCGAGAGCUGGAACGUCAGGUUUUAAGUACGUGGAACCAGUGCGAAAGAAAUCUGAUCGCGAAAAUCUGAAAGGUUUUGAAUGCAAACAAUGCAAGAAAUUCUAUGAUGCUGUUCUCCCUGGUACUGAUAAGGAAAGCAGCCGCUGUGAACACCGCAAUGGAGCAUCUAGGCAUCGAUAUAGGUAUGCUCCUCCUUCGACUCCUGAAGGAUUUUGGAAUAUCGGAUUUGAAUCUGAAAUGUAGUUUUCUGAGUUAAAUACUGAAUUUGCAUACAAAUGUGAACUAACAAAUAAGAAGCUUGAGUUGCCACCUAAAACUGAGCAGUGGCCACCAAGUAAGAAUUGUAGAACACCUACACACAAUGAUAGAAACUGUUAUCAUUCCUAAUUUUUAUCAUGUACUGUACUACUCUUUCCGUUACAUAAAGAUAUCUCACAUUUUUUUAGU